AAGAAAAACUCGGGAAGCGAGCGGAGCAAGUGAGAGAACAGAAGACAGAAACAAAGAGAGACGAAGAAGAAGAAGAUGAUGUCCAAAGAUCGAUUUGCUUGAUCAAAUGCCUUAUUUGUCUCCGCAGUCUUCCCUUUUGCUCUCCUAAUUGUUUCUCCUUUCGAUCUCCCUGUUCACUCACUGAAGGAAAUCUGUAGAACAGUUUUUUUUCCCCUUUUCUGGGCAGAGGAGGAACUUUUUAUGUUCAGGUGUUUCUUCAUAACAUUGUUUGCUUCAGCACUCUAAAGACAAUGCAGACAACCCCAAAAGCCAGGCCGGGCUCGUUGGAGGUACCUCAGAAGAAGAGCCCUGCGACGGCUCGGAGACUCAAGACCGAGUCUGACUCGGUUUCUUCCCCGAACCCGAAAAGCAGAACACCUAAAAGCCAGAGCCCGAAAGUUCUGUCUGAUCGACGUUCUCCCCGAACUCCUGUCAGCGAGAUUCCGAAGAAGCGGAUAGGAAAGAUACCGGAAAUGGAAUCUCGGAUUGCUCAGCUUCAAGAGGAGCUUAAGAAGGCGAAGGAACAGCUAAACAUGGUGGAAGCCUCAAAGAGGAAAGCAGAGGAAGAAGCCGAGGAGAGGAAGCGGCAGUUGAUGGAGAUAACUGCCUCGGAAGAUUCAAGAAUCGACGAGCUUCGUAAGCUCUCGCAAGAACGAGACAAGGUCUGGCAGUCGGAACUCGAAGCCAUGCAGAGACAGCAUUCGAUGGAUACCGCUGCUCUGUCUUCCGCCAUGAACGAGAUCCAGAAACUGAAAGCUCAACAGCUGUCUGAACCCGAGGUUGCUCCUCAAACCCUCGUCGAGGAUCUGAGGAUAGAGCUCGGGGAGACUCUUCCCCUUGUCGAGACACUCAGGGGCGAGCUGUUCGACGCGAAAGAGGCGGAAGCUCGGGCCCAAGAAUUCGUGUCGGGGACUGAGAAACAGCUGGAGAUAGCGAAUUUGACACUCGAGAUGUUGCGUUCGGAUGCGAUGAAGAUGUCCGAGGUUUGUAACUCCAUGGAAACUGAGUUAGAGCUGUCUAAAUCUGAGAUCAGGUCACUGGAAGAACUCGUGAAAAAGCUCGAGUCUGGGGAAACAGGUAAAGAUUCCUCGGAAGAGAUUCCAGGGAGGAACGAGGAAGUUGAACAAGAGCUGAAUCUUGCUAGGAAUGAGAUUAACCAGUUGAAAUCUGCACUGGAAGUAGCCGAGACACGGUACCAUGAAGAGUAUAUACAGAGCACGUUGCAGAUACGGAGUGCUUACGAGCAAGUCGAGGUGGUGAAGUUGGAAUAUUUGCAGAGAGAGGCGAAACUGGAAGAAGAAAUGAAGAUCGCGAAAGCCGAGAUCGAAGCCUUGAGAGGGAGAUUGAUGGAUAAAGAAGCGAAGCUGAGGAUCGUUGCUGAUGAAAACGAGGCAUUGAACGCAAGAAUGAAGGAAAACGAGGAGAAACCAGAGUUUGUGAACGAGAUCAAGACGCUAGAGAGCGAAAUCUCGGAUCUGAAAGCGAACUUAAUGGACAAGGAGAUGGAACUGCAGAGCGUAACGUCGCAGAACGAAGCUCUUAGGGCAGAACUGGAAGAGAUUGAGUGUGAGAAAGACAAGAUCAUCGAGGAGGCAUUAACGAAGCUCGGGAAUGUGACAGAUGAAGCCGGCAAGAGCAGGAAGAAGGCUGAAAACGCGACAGAACAGCUCGGAGCAGCGCAAGCAACGAACGCCGAACUGGAAACAGAGUUGAGGAGACUGAAGGUACAGUGUGAUCAAUGGAGGAAAGCAGCCGAGGCAGCGGCUUCUAUGAUCACGGGAGGGAACGAGAACGGGAAAUUCGUGGAGAGAACGGGUUCUAUGGAGAGCCCAUUGGCUCGGAACUUGAACGUAUCGCCAUUUUUGGACGAUACGGAUGAUGAACUGUCGCCGAAGAAGAAGAACGGGAAUAUGCUGAAGAAGAUAGGUGUGUUACUGAAGAAAAGCCAGAAGUAGUGAGAUGAUGAAACAAGAACAAACGCCAUUGAUGUCUGUCUGUAAUUCUUUUUAUUUUCUCAGCUCUUUGUCGAUUUCAGUCUCGUGUCCAGACAUGUCGGAACUACUUUGUGAAGUGAUUCUGCUUUUGGUUUAAGAAAAUGAAAAUCUAAAUUCAUGUAGAUAUUCAUGAUUUCAA